AUGUCCUCGAGCAGUGACCCCGUCAUGCUCAACGUCUUUAUGUCGCCGCCAUAUUCACCGUCAUCACCCGACUGCUCUCCAAUGGACACCACCUCCACAAUGGCGCCUGGUAUGCUGGACCGACAUUUCCCGAUGACGCCGUUCCCAUGUUUCAACUCGUCGAUGCCUGCUGAAUGGACUGACUCGGACCAGCUGUCACAAGGAAUAGACGCAUAUGAUUUCGCCUGUUAUCUUGAGCUCCUUUCGCCCCUGGCAAUGUUCUUGCAUGGCGAUUCCCAAAAGUGCGAGGUGUCAGAGUGGGAGCCACCCCCGGACGCUAGCUUCAUAGCCGUCGGUGGGACAUCAGGACCCGAAAACGCACCAGUGACCACAAAACUCAGUAUUCUUACGAACCCUGACGGAAGUAUCGACCGAAAGGUUGUAGAGGACAGUACUCAGCAAGACCCGUCG